UACAGAUCGGCCAAUGAGCGUUAAAGGUGCUGUUUUGAAGUUACCGGGUGUUUUAGAAAAACAAACAAAACAAGUUGUUUAAGUUUUGCAGCGAACUUCUUAAAUACGGUAUAGACAACAUUUGUACCAGCCUAAUCCACCUUCUGAUGUUAUGGAUGACGACCAGUAUGAAACUGAUGCUAAGGAAAAUUUGAUUGAAGAAUGUGAACACAUUUGGACAGAAGUAGAGGAGUGCAUGAGCAGAUUGUUGGAUUUACACACUGAAACUGUUCCAGAAUCCAGUGUUCAUAGUUUCUUAAAGAUAUCGUCAGUAAAGGCAUUAACUUCAGAGUACAAUCAAUGGCAGAAAAGAGAACAAAAAAUUCUUUCACCAGAUGAAGAAGUCCUGAAAGAAGUUGAAUUUGAAAAUCUACAAAAAUUAAACAAAGAGCUUGAACUUUUACUUUCCUGUAUUCAUGCGGAGCAGAAGAAAGUCCAACAAGAUUUUGAGAGGAGCCAGCAAAUACUGAUGGAACAGGAACAGCUUCUGGAGAGUCUUACUGCUAAACAGAAAGAACUGAAACAAGAUGAUUUCCACUUUUCUGAAAAACGGGCAUUACAAGAGUUACAGAGCAAGAUGGGGAAAACGGUUGCAUUCAAGGAAUACUUACUGGCAGCUCUUGGAAAUUUUUUGAAAGAACACUACCCUUCCCUACAAGAGUCCAAGCACGUGAAAAAUAAAAAAAAGAAUUUAACUGAGUACCCAUCUGCAGAAGUGAUAACAGUGCAGGAAAUACUAGAGGCUUUGAUAAAUAAAAUGAAGCAAUCUCCACAUGAUCCUUAUGUUACAGUGGAUGAUUCUAUGUGGCCUCCCUACAUUGAGACAUUACUUCGUUAUGGCAUUACUUUGAGGCAUCCAGAAGAUCCGCAAAAGAUACGUUUGGAGGCUUUCCAUCAAUAAGAGACUUUUUCACAUUGUACAGAAUAUGUUAUUUUAUGCUAGUGACUGGAACUGUAAUUUAAAACUUCCAUUUUUCAGCCACAAAUCAUCGCAGUAUGGAUUAGCAUUUGCUUGUGUGGCGGAGUUUUAUCAGUGCCUAUCAUGAAUUAAUUUACAUUUUAUAAACCUUGUAUUUAAAAUAUUGUUAGAAACUAAUGUAGCUCUUCAAUAACAAACCACAUUUUUUCAGCUGUUGAUUUUUUUUUUUUUUAGUUUCCACCAUGAGAUGGUGCUGGAAAGUGUAGAUGUUGCCAUCUUAUCAGAGCAUUUUGAGUCGACUUGUGACAGUAUUGACCUUUGGUGAGGAAAC